UUCGUUUCAGUGAUUCGGGAAACAGGACUUUCUGGUCUGUCAGAGUCGAAAACUUCAAUUCUUGAAGAUUUUCUGGGUUGCUAUAGUCUGAUAUGGUUGCAGAGAAAACUUAGAUCGAGAGGAAUAAAAGGAAAAUUUUCUGAAUUUAGAAUUUCGCGCUGGUUUCAGUUUCUUCAUGGACGUAAACUGAAGUACAAGGCAGCGUUUCGACCAGAGAGAUGAUUUUUGUUGAAAGCUAAAACCAAGGCACUACUCAUGGCUCCAUCUAGAAAAUCCAAAAGUGUCACUAAGAGAUUUUCAAAUAUUCGUGAAGCUGUAUCUUAUGAAGAAAAAAAUAGAGAGAAUGUUAACAAGACUAGGGCACAGGGUAGUCCUGGCAUUCAGAAGAAGAGAAAAUUGGCUGACAUGUUAGGACCAAAAUGGAGUAAGGAGGAGCUUGAGCGUUUCUAUGAUGCUUACCGUAAAUAUGGGAAAGACUGGAAGAAGGUGGCUGCUGCAGUGUAUCAUAGGUCUUUGGAAAUGGUAGAAGCUCUGUACUCUAUGAAUCGAGCAUACUUGUCUCUUCCAGAGGGCACUGCUUCUGUAGUUGGACUCAUAGCAAUGAUGACCGAUCACUAUAGUGUACUGGGAGGAAGUGAUAGUGGACAAGAAACCAACGAAGAUACGGAAAAAUUUAAAAAGCCUCCAAAAUUUUCGCAGCAGAAAUGUUCAUAUGGGAACUAUAAAGCAUCAGAUGGAGAUUUUUCAGAUCAUUCUCAGUCACAUUCAAUUACAUCAGGUGACGGCUGCCUGUCAUUGUUGAAGAAGAGGCAUUCUGGUUUAAGUUCUCACGCUGUUCGGAAAAGGACUCCCCGUGUCCCUGUUUCACAUUCCAUUCAUAAGGAUAUGGGCAGAAAGUGUUUUUCACCUGCUAGGCAAGGUUACAGGCAAAUGGUUGACAGUAAUGAUGUUGGUCAUAAAAUUGCUUUAGCACUGACGGAGGCUUUACAAAUAGGUGAUACUUCCAAAGUUUCGGACUCAACAAACAAUAAAUCUAAGGGUAUUAUGUCAUCACCCUGUCAGAAUAAUGGGAGGAAGAACACUAAAUCGGAAGUAGCAGGAUCCAAAUUUUGCCAUUUUGACUUGAACGAUGGUAGCCCUGAAUUAAGUUUACGAAGCACAGGGUGCGGCAGUGGAGAUUAUUCUUGGAAACUGAGUCAACAGAGCAGCAGAGGAAGAGCUAGAAGAGGAAAAAAUGAAGAAAAGGGAACAAAAUACUACAGAAAAAAGUUAGAACUCGGAGAAAAUGAGAAUAAGCAUUGGGAUGGUGUAAAGGAAGCUUCUAGUGGGACAGACGAAGAUAAAGGACUGGAUUUAACCAAGGAUAAAAUUGAAAUUAAAUUUGCAGCCACAAAAGGUACUAGGUCCUCCUUCAAGAGUCUCAGGAAGAAAAGUGAAAAAGUACUGCUUGAAAAAGAAGAUGAAGGUUCUUUUGAUGCUUUGAAAGCCUUGGCUGGUCUAUCUUUGAUGAUGCCAGUCGCAAACCCUGACCCCGAGUCACUUGUGCGGGUGAGGGAAGAAAACCAAGGAGCUGUUGAUGAGUCUAAAGUGGAAACCCAUCAUACGAUUGUGAGUGAUGAAAGCACUGCUUUAGGUAAAUUAAGUUUGGUUUCUCCUGGUAAUGAAGUUUUUGUUCCUCAAGAAAAGGGCACCUUCCACCUUGAUGCUAGAAAGAGGAAGAGAAGACAAACACCUUCAAUAUUGAAAAAUGACGAAACUCAAACCAGUUCUCAUUUAAGUGGUUCACAGAAGAUCAAGAGGAUGAUAAGUGACAAUCUUGCAAUGAGGACAAAGGUGCAACUCCCAGGAAUGAUGUCUUCAAGUAAUGAGGACAAAGGAAGAAGGGAUGAUUCUCUGCUAUUACCCAUAGAAGUUUCAUCUACAGAUAAAGUUGGUUUAGCAAACAAAGGAAGGCAUAGAAGAAAGAUGGAGAAACCAAAACCAAUGGUAGAACAAGAUAUAAAGGUGCCAGAAAGUAUUUUUAGUGGUCAACAUAGAAAACCCAUUCUCCAGAAUAGUGUAUCAAGCCACAAGGAAAAGCUUAUUAAUUGCCUGUCUUCACAUCAAAUACGGCGAUGGUGCACUUUUGAGUGGUUUUACAGUGCUAUAGAUUACCCAUGGUUUGCAAAAAGGGAGUUCAUGGAGUACUUGGACCAUGUUGGAUUGGGGCAUGUUCCUAGACUGAGUCGUGUAGAGUGGGGAGUCAUUAGGAGUUCUCUUGGCAGACCCCGGAGAUUUUCUGAGCAAUUUUUGAUAGAAGAAAAAUCGAAGUUAAAUCAAUACCGGGACUCAGUUAGGGCACAUUAUGCAGAACUUCUUGCUGGUACCAGGGAUUGCCUUCCAACUGAUUUGGCCAGGCCUUUAAUUGUUGGACAGCGUGUCAUUGCCAUUCACCCAAAGACGAGAGAGAUUCAUGAUGGGAGUAUACUAACUGUUGACAACUGUUCAUGUCGGGUUCAAUUUGACCAGCCUGAACUGGGGGUUGAAUUAGUCAUGGAUAUUGACUGCAUGCCUCUGAAUCCUUAUGAAAAUAUGCCAGCAUCUCUGAUAAGGUACAAUGUGAUUCCUGCUAAACUAGAUGGCAACCUUAUUGAGUUCCACCUUAAUGGGAAACUGAAACGAGGAAAGAUUAAGGAGCACAGAAUAUUGUACCCUAGCGGGAACUUAGAUCAUGUUGAUGCUCUUCAUAUAACUCCCUCAGCUAGUGGCGUCAACAAUUUAUUGAAACAGGGCAUUUCUUCAAGUUCCAAAUUGCAAGCUAAUGUUGCUUGCAAUGAGAUUGGUAACGCUCGACUGUCAGCAAAUUCUAAAGCUUCUUUUCAUGUAAAUGUCCCGUUCAAAGAAGCUGGCACAAAUGCUGUUUUUGAGCUGAUUCGUGCUCUUGACAAAAAGGAAAUUGUGCUAUCUGAACUGAAGAAAAUGAAUGAUGAGGCAUGUGAAAGACGGAAAUAUGGGGACCACUCUUUAAAUGAUUCAGAGCCAUUUAAGAGACAUUAUGCUGCAGUAUUGUUGCAGUUAAAUGAAGUGAACGAGCAGGUCUCUUCUGCCUUGUUUUGCGUGAGACAGCAUAACACAUAUCAGGGGAACUCUAAUUUAUCACCAAGGCCCCUAGCUAAUUCGGAUGAUCUUGGCGGUCAAACUAGCUCUUCGUAUUGUUCAGCUUCUCACAACCAAAAUUUUCAAUCUCAUAUAGCUGAAAUUAUUGGAAGUUCUAAAAGAAGAGCCCGCACAAUGGUUGGUGCAGCUAUGCAGGCGAUGUUGUCUUUUACUAAGACAGAAGAUAAGGGUGAAGGAAUUGAAGAGUCAAUUAAUUUUAUAAAUAAUCGGCUUUCAGUGGAUGACCAAGCUGCUCUGUCCUCGCAAUUCAUGCCCACAGAUUCUGUUCAUGUCACUCUAGCUUCUCAGGAUCAGAUGACUGCAAGUAAAUCGAAGCCUUUGUCAAAUAAUCAUUCACAAGAUCCUGAGCUAAACAGCUCAUCUGAUCAAAAUGAAGUGAAAAUUCCCUCAGAACUUAUUUCUCAAUGUCUAGCCACCUUGCUGAUGAUCCAGAAGUGUACAGAGCGACAUUUCCCACCUGCCGACGUUGUUCAUAUGUUAGAUUCUGCAGUCACAGGUUUGCAGCCAUUUUGUUCAAAGAAUCUUCCAAUAUAUGAAGAGAUACAGAAAUGCAUGGGCAUAAUCAGGAAUCAGAUAUUGGCACUCAUACCUACCCAAACUACCUAGCUUCUCCAUAUUUUUUUUCAAUUAGGAUAAAGUAGCAUUCUACACUUUAAUUUUGUUUAUGAUACAUUUUAGUAUCCUGACAAUAUUUUCCUAGCACAUCCAAUAUCUCUUGAUGUUGUUUUCCAGUUACAUCUAGAACUCUAAUCUUAUUUAUGGGUUAGGAUGUUCGAUACAUUAUAAAUAAGAUUAGGGUGCUGGAAGCACUAAAAACACAUAAUAAUAUCAGGGUGCUAAAUGCACCAUAAAUAGGACUAAAGUAUUGGAUGCAUUU